AUCACAAAUUACUACAAAAGUUUUGAUAAAUUUAGGUUAUGUGUUCUAAGAGCGUGCGCCAUUUCUGAUUCUAACAACACAAUUGCACGCUGCUUCAAAUUCUAGCGUCUUGUUUUUAUAGGACUUAUAAAAAAUUCGGAGAGUUUUCUAUUUUAUCAUUUUUUAAAUAUAAAUUAAGGAAAAAUACUACACAAUGGCUGCAACAAUGCCAAUAAAUCCAAAACCAUUUCUAAAUGGUUUAACUGGAAAACCAGUUAUGGUAAAAUUAAAAUGGGGCCAUGAAUAUAAAGGUUAUCUUGUUUCCGUCGAUGGAUAUAUGAAUUUACAAUUAGCUAAUACAGAGGAACAUAUAGAAGGAAAUUGUACUGGCAACCUUGGUGAAGUCUUAAUCAGAUGUAAUAAUGUAAUGUAUAUAAGAGGCGUGGAAGAGGAAGAUGAAGAAGGAGAAAUGAAGGACUAGUUCCCAUAAUGUUUAUAAAUCAAUUUAGGAUAAUACUUUUUAUUUUUAAGUAAGAUUAAGUACAAUUACGUAAGACUAAAAAUUAAUAAAGCAAAUUGUUUUUUAAA